AUGACCUCUCCUAAUAUCCAAAAAGAAAUAGCAAAUGUUGCAGCUGUUGAGACAAUAAAUGCUAUUAUUAAAGAUAUUGGAGACUCAUUAUUUGCUACUAUAGUUGAUGAAUCACGUGAUAUGUGUACUAAAGAACAACUGACAAUUGCUUUGUGUUAUGUAGACAAAUUGGGACAUGUGAAUGAAUGCUUUUUAGGCAUUACACAUGUUAAUAGUACAACAACAGUGACACUAAAGAGUGCAAUUGAGAAAGUAUUUAAUAAACAUAGCUUAAGCAUUAGUAGAUUGCGGGGACAAGGCUAUGAUGGGGCAAGCAACAUGCAAGAUGAGUUAAAUGGACUAAAAACACUUAUUUUGAAAGAUAAUCGUCCUGCCUAUUAUGUCCAUUGCUUUGCACAUCAACUUCAACUAACAUUAGUUGCAGUAACAAAAAAUUACAUCCAAAUUACAACCUUUUUUAACUUGGUUGCAAAGGUAUUCAAUAUUGUUGGAGCAUCAUGCAAACGUCAUGAUAUUCUUCGCGAAAAACGUGGUGCUGAAGUUAUAGAAGCACUAAAAAAUAAUGUAAUUUCAACUGGUCGUGGCUUGAAUUAA